AUGACUGGAAAAGGAAAAGGAAAAGGUGGCCGUGGCGGAGCCAAAAAGGGAUCCACUUCGUCUUCUGCCAAGGCUGGACUUCAAUUUCCCGUCGGUCGUAUCGGUCGUUACCUUCGUCAAGGAAAGUACGCUACUCGUAUGGGUGCUGGAGCCCCUGUUUACCUCGCUGCCGUCUUGGAGUACUUGUGCGCUGAAAUUUUGGAGUUGGCUGGAAAUGCCGCUCGUGACAACAAGAAGUCUCGUAUCAUUCCCCGUCACAUUACUCUUGCCGUCAAGAACGAUGAAGAACUAAACAAGCUUUUGGGAGAUGUUACUAUCGCUUCUGGAGGUGUCUUGCCCAAUAUUCACUCGGUUCUGCUUCCCAAGAAGUCCAAGGUUGCCUCCAAGAGUGCAUCUCAAGAGUAUUAA